UUGCAGGGCACCACGUCAGGAGGCUCAGCGGUUCCGGGAUUUUUGCAAACUGUCAGUGUUCAAUCGACUUCGCAAAAUGAGAUGCGACGAGAGAUGAGAAGGGAGCAGAAGAGGAAUAAACGAGAAAUGAAUAGGUGGGCUUCAGGCUUGAAUCUAGGCCAGAAACGUGGAUUUCUCGGGCCCAGAAUUAACCUUGUGAGGUCUAAAAAAGGCUGGGCUAGGCAUUUUCGAUGUCAAAAAAAUCUUGGAUUUUUCGGGCUUCAAAAAAAGCCCAGAUUUCGGCCAAACACUAGGCCUGAUAAAUGUAAAAAAAAACAUGGAUUUCACGGGCCCAAAAUUAACCGUUUUAGGUCCAAAAAAGUCUAGGCUAGGCAGCUUCAAUUUCAAAAAUAUCUUGGAUUUCUCGGGCCCAAAAUAAGCCUAUUUUUAGGUCCAAAAAAGCCUGGAUACUGGGCAAAUUCUAUUUCAAAAAAAUUUUGGAUUUCUCUGGGCUCAAAAAAAUUCCAGAUUUCGGCCUAACUCUAGGCCUAAGAAAUGAGAAAAAACGUGGAUUUAUCUGGCUCAAAAUGAGCCUUUUUGGGCCCGAGAAAUCCACGUUUUUUUCACAUUUAUCAGGCCAAAAUCUGAGCAUUUUUUAGAGUCGAACUUGCCGGGUAAAUUGCAUUUUAACCCCCCACCAUAAGAAAUACAUGCCCCCACCGGCAUGACGUGUUUUGAUACCCCACCAUAAAGCGUUACAAGUCCCCUCAUUCAAAAAUGUUCAAAACAUUUCCGAAAUUCUUUUCAAAUUAAAUAAAAAAUGUGUUUACGUGUACUAAUUUUUAAAUAAAAAACGAGAAUUCUGAAAAAAAAAGAACGUGCCCUGAAUAACGUGUUCUAGAUGACGUGUUCGAGAAAGCCAAAAAAUGUUCUGUUCAUAUCACUCAUUUAUGAAACUGUUCCGAUAAGCUUCUAUGUUUCUUUUCUCUCUGGAUAUAGAUUUUUUGGAUAUAGAUUUUAGAUUUUCGGAACAGUUUCGCCAAAUGUUGUGCUUCAGUUUUUGAGACGUAGAAAAUUUGGAUUAACCUCUUUCAAUCAAGAAAUUUUUUCGCACAUUUUUUAAAACCAUUUUUGUCAAUUUUCUUCAGAAAUUUUAAAAAUCAUACCUAGCGGAGAAAGAAUUCAACGAAAAUCAAAAUUUCGGUUUUUGUUGAAAAAAUCUUUUCCAACUUUUCAAAAACUACAACUCUGUCGUAUUUUAAGACGAAACAUGUUUCUGUUUACACCUAAAGAAAACUACGCGCGAAGCCGGGACAAUCCAGAAGGAGGAGCCGGCGUUAGCCGGCGGAGCCCCUUCUGGUUCUAUCCAAAAACCAGAGAGAACUGGCAGGAUUUUUGAAGAAAGCUGAAUGAAGCGGUUAGCAAGGUGUGGUUUUGUCAAUGGGUAAUGAGGUUCUGAUCUUACUUGUGGGUGGGGGACUAAUUUACACCGUAUAACUGUUGACACGAGUACGAAAGUGGGGGCUUCAUCUACAUUAGUGAGGGGCUAUCUACAUUAGUGGGGGGCUGAUCUACAUUGGUGGGGGUCUGAUCUACAUUGGUGGGGGGGGGGGGCUGAUCUACAUUGGUGGUCAGCUGAUCUACUGGUCUUGGUGGGGUUUCGAAUAGCGUCACACCAAAGGGGCCAUCAAAAGCUCUUAUUGGGGGCUUCAAAUACACGUUUGCCUGCAAAACGUGGAAUCAGCCCCACUCACAUUACAACUGAAGCUUCAUAACUUCUUUUAUGUCCCCACCACUUUGAAAACCCCCCAACCUUUUUCAAGUCCCCAAUGCUGUAUGUACCCCCACUUACUAUUGGUGGGGACAUGGGUGGGUCUUUCAAACUAGUGUUGGGGCCCUGAAUGUAGGUGGGGACUCCAAACGCGUUUUUAGUAUCAGGCUUGAGUCCAGGCUUUUUUGGACCUUAAAAUAGGCUAAUUCUGGGCCCGAGAAAUCCACGUUUUUCACAUUCAUCCGGCCCAAAAUGAGCCUAUUUUGAGGUCCAAAAAUCUAGGCGCAAGCCUGAUUUUUAGGCUGAUUCGAUGUCAGAUAAUCGAAUUUCAAGCCUAUAAUAAGCUGGCCUCAUUCGUGAUUUAAAAAUCCCAGAUUUCGGGCUAACACUAGGCAUUCUUGGGCCACAAAAGGCCUAAGUUUGAAUUUUUGUGGACCAAAAUAGGACUGGGCUGAAGCCAGCAUGUUUGGGUUCAAAAAGUGGAAUUUAAAAUUAUCAGUGGAGCGAACUUGACAAUUUUUGUUCAGAAUCAUCAACGCCUUCGACAAUGCCGAACGCCUCGAACUCGAAUUGGCUCAAAAAGAAAUCGCCCGCCAACGUCAACUCGAAAUCGAUCAAAUGAAAUGGACGCCCUCACUAAAAUCCCAAGGCCCACUACCAGAAAUCUAUCCCUACGUCUUCGACGCCAAAAUCCAAGCCAAUAAUACAACAAUCGAUAUAAAUGGCUUCAAAUUUGUGCUGCCCGAAGGCUCGAAACGGGAGAAUCACAAAACCCACGACACCGUGUAUGUUCCGCCGGCAAAUAAAGGAGACAUCGAGAAAAUCCAACAUGUUUAUGUGAAAGAUAUGGAUGAAUUGGGAAAAAAGGGAUUUUUGGGAUUUGAGAAAUUGAAUGUGAUUCAAUCGAUUGUUUUUGAGCAAGCUUAUAAGACCAAGGAGAAUUUAUUGAUUUGUGCACCAACUGGAGCUGGAAAAACCAAUAUUGCGAUGUUAACAAUUCUCAACACUUGCCACGAGUAUAGCAAUUUGAAAGGUGAAAUUCAAAAAGAUGAUUUCAAAAUCAUUUAUAUUGCGCCGAUGAAAGCAUUGGCGACGGAAAUGACUGAAAGUUUUGGGAGAAGAUUGGCUCCGUUGGGAUUGAAGGUUAAAGAAUUGACGGGAGAUACACAAUUGUCGAGAAAUGAGUUGGCUGACACGCAAAUGCUGGUUUUGACACCGGAAAAAUGGGAUGUUAUUACGAGAAAAGCCACUGGCGAUAAUUCGCUGAUUUCACAAGUUCGACUUAUGAUUAUUGAUGAGGUGAGAGGAGAGAAAAUUUUUCCAGAAAUUUUUCAUUUUUGACGAAAACCCUAAUGACGUUUCCAGUGUCAUUUUCGUAAAGUAUUAAAAUUAAAAAAAAUCUUGAAAAUUUAUCAAAUACGCUCUAUUGAUAAGCGACUUUUUGCACUGGAAAGAGGAAAUCAGAUUUCCACCUGGCGGGGGAAAUAUUUGUUUUUUUUUCUAAUUCUCAAUUUUCCCAAACUUCGGGAAAUUCAGCUGAAAAUCCACGUGGAACCUGAAACUUUUGAAAUUUCCUAGAAAUUUUCGAAUUCUCACAUGCCACGUGGAUUUGCUGCGGAAAUUUUUGAGAUUUUUGGAAAAAUUCAGAAUUUUCUCAAAUUUUGGGAAAUUGAGCUGAAAAUCCACAUGGAACUUGAAAUAUUUGAAAUUUCCUAGGAAUUUUCAACUGCCACGUGGAUUUGCAGCGGAAAUUUCGAGAUUUUUGGAAAAACUCAGAAAAUUUUCUCAAACUUCGGGAAAUUCAGCCAAAAAUCCACGUAGAACCUGAAAUAUUUGAAAUUUUCUAGAAAUUUUCGAAUUUUCACAUGCCACGUGGAUUUUCUGCGGAAAUUUUUGAGAUUUUUGGAAAAAAUUCAGAAUUUUCUCCAUAUUCGGGAAUUUCAGCUGAAAAUCCACGUGGAACCUGAAACUUUUGAAAUUUCCUAGAAAUUUUCGAAUUUUCACAUGCCACGUGGAUUCGCAGCGGAAAUUUUUGAGAUUUUUGGAAAAAUUCAGAAUUUUCUCAAACUUCGGGAAAUUCAGCUGAAAAUCCACGUGGAACCUGAAACUUCGGAAAUUUCCUCAUUAAAAAAAUUUCCCGAAGUUUGGAAAAAUUCAGAAUUUUCCCAAACUUUGGGAAAUUCAGCUGCAAAUCCACGUGGCAGUUGUGAAAUGUAAUCUUGAUAAUUCCAGGUCCAUCUUCUUCACGACGAACGUGGUCCAGUUAUCGAAACUCUCGUGGCUCGAACUCUCCGCCAAGUCGAACUUUCUCAAUCCGGAAUUCGAAUCGUCGGACUCUCCGCCACGUUGCCGAAUUACAUUGAUGUUGCCCGAUUUCUGCGCGUCAAUCCACACAGAGGUCUCUUCUUUUUCGACGGCCGAUUCCGGCCCGUUCCACUCACACAGAAGUUCAUCGGCGUUCGAAAAGCGGGCAAUUUCCGGGAUCAGCAAAAGCUGUAUGAUGAAGUUUGUUAUGAUCAGGUGAUUGAUUUUGUGAAGCGAGGACAUCAGGUGCUGGUGUUUGUGCAUACGAGAAAUGGAACUGCGAAAUUGGCCGAGGCGUUUUGUGCGAGAGCUGCGGUUUUGGGACAUUUGGAUAUUUUUAAGCCAGGUAAUUCGAGAUUUGAAAAACAUUUUUUUUAAAUCCAACUUCAGAAAACGUCGAUGCUGCAAAAUAUGCUCAAAGCGAAAAAGCUGUGGCGAAUUGCCGAAAUCGGGGCCAGCUAUCCACACUUUUCGGUCGCGGCUUUGCAAUUCAUCACGCUGGUUUGGUGCGAGGUGAUCGAAUUUUGAUGGAAAAAUGUUUUGCGCAAGGACAUGUGUCGGUGCUUUUCUGUACGGCCACGUUGGCUUGGGGUGUGAAUUUGCCGGCGCAUGCGGUUGUUAUUAGGGUGAGUGAGAAGGAGCGGUGCCUAGAGAGGCUGGUUUUUAAGAAUCAGUGCCUAGAUCACCUAGUUUUCAAAUAGCCACGCCUACCUACAGAGCUUGAUUGUCAAGGGUCAGCUCCUAGAGAGCCUAGUUUUCAAGUAGCAGCGCCUAUGGAACCUAAUUGUCUAGGAGCCACGCCUAGAGAAUUCGAUUGUCAAAGGUCAGCUCCUAGAGAGCCUAGUUAUCAGUAGCCGCGCCUACAGAACUUUAGUGUCUAGGACCUACAUCUAGAGAUCUAAUCUGACAAGUAGCCGCAGCUUGAAAGCUUCUACUUCAAGCAGUCAAGCCUAGAAACCCGUGUUCUUCAGGAGCCGUGCCUAGAAGCCUCUAAAAAUUAUAGUUUUUCGCUUUUUUUCAGUCCAAAAAUCCCCUCAACUCAAUAAUUUUCAGGGCACAGAUGUAUUCGAUUCGGAAAAAGGUGUUUUCGCCGAUCUUGGAGUCUUGGAUGUUCAACAAAUUUUCGGUCGCGCCGGUCGUCCACAAUUCGAAAACGAAGGACACGGAAUCAUCAUAACUGCCAAAGAAAAAAUGGACAAAUAUCUGGCGAUGUUGGUUCAUCAAAACCCCAUCGAAUCACAAUUCUACAAAAAGUUGCACGAUAAUUUGAACGCUGAGAUUUCUUUGGGCACGGUUUCCACUGUCGAUGAAUCGGUCGAAUGGCUCAAGUAUACUUAUAUGUAUGUGAGAGCUUGCAAAAAUCCGAUGGCUUAUGGAAUUGCGUAUAAUGCGAAAGAGCGAGAUCCAGAUUUGUCGGAACAUUUUUCGAGAAAAAUUCGAGAGGUUGCGAUGGAUUUGGAUCGAAAUCGAUUGAUUCGAUAUGAUCCGAGCACGGAAUUUAUGAAUUCGACGGAUUUGGGAAGAAUUGCGUCGAAUUUCUAUAUUAAGUAUGAAACUAUGGAAUUGCUCAAUGAAGCUACCAAGGAGGUUGGAAUUGAAUUUUCAUAGAAUUCAUCUUGAUCUUCUGAUUUCAGGUCGGACUUCCAGUUCAAUUCACCUCCUUCAUGCCUGAUGACAUGGUCCUUGGCCUAAUUUCAAUGGCCACCGAAUUCUCACAACUCAAAUGUCGCGAAGAAGAAUUGAUGGAUUUGGAAGAACUUCUAUCGUAUGGUUGUAUGAUAAAUGUGAGAGGCGGUGGAUUGGCGAGUGUUGCCGGAAAAGUCAAUGUUUUGCUGCAAUCGCUGAUAUCGAGAACAUCUGUCAAGAAUUCGGCAUUGAUGUCUGAACAAUUGUAUGUUCAGCAGAAUGCUGGACGGUUGUCGAGAGCCAUUUUUGAGAUUGUGAGUUUUUUUUUUUGAAUUCAAAAAUUUUUGCGCGCAAAAUUUUAACCUUCAAAUUUUCAAAAGUUUUGAUGCCAGAAAACUCACGUGGCAUUUUUUUUUGAAAAUUUGACUUUGAAAAUUUUGAUGCCAGAAAAUCCACGGGGCACAUUUUUUUCGUUGUUUGGGGUCAAAAUUUUUAAAUUUUCGAAAAUUUGAAUUUCCACGUGGAUUUUCUGACAUUAAAAAUUUCGAAUCCGAAUUAUCAACAAUAAAAAAAUUCCACGUGGAUUUUCUGGAUUUGAAAAAUUAAAUUUUUGACCCCAAAAAUCCACGUGGCAUAUUUUUUGUUGACAAUUUGAUUCAGAAUUUUUCGGAGCCAGCAAAUCCACGUGACUUUUGAAAUUUUUAAGCCCUAAUAAACCUAGGUCCAAAUUUGAACUGAAAUUCUGGAUUUUUAGAGCCUAACUAAGCCUAGGCCCUAUUUUAGACCUAAAUUCGGGAUUUUUAGUCUAAAUAAGCCUGGGGCCAAUUUUUGGCUGAAAUUCGAGAUUUUUUGAGCCUAAAUAAGCUUAGGUUCAAAUUUAGGCCGAAAUUUGAAAUUUUUAAGCCUAAAUGAGGCUAGGUUCAAAUUUAGGCCGACAUUUGAAUUUUUUAGAGUCUAAAUAAGCCCAGGUUCACAUUUAGGCUGAAAUUGGGGAUUUUUAGGAAAAACCACGAGGAAAUUAAUAAAAUUCAAACAAAAAUCCACCUGGAAAUGUUCGAAAUCCGAAAAUUUCAAUUUGAAAUUUUUUGCUCCCUGAAAAUCCACGUGGGAAUUUUUUUUUGAAAAUUUAAAUUAGAAAAAAAUCCACGUGGAAAAUUUGAAAACUCAACAAUUUUGGCCCCAGAAAAUCCAAAAAUUGUCAGGUACUUCGCCGUGGUUGGGCUCAAGCCUCCAACGCAUUUCUCUGUAUGGCAAAAUGCAUCGAAAAACAAAUGUGGCCAAAUCAAUGCGCACUCCGACAAUUCCUCCAAUACGACAUAAUUCCGAUAUCCUGGAUUGAGAAAAUCGAGCGAAAAAAGACGACAGAAACCCGGUUAUUGGAAUUGACAUCGAAAGAUUUGGGAUAUAUGUUCAGUUGUAAUGGCGAAAGAUUGUACACGAUUUUGCGAUAUUUACCAAGAAUGGAAAUGAGCGCGAAAUUCAAACCGAUUACUUAUACAAUUAUACAAGUUGAGGUAACUUUGGGAAAUUUUUACGUGGCAUCGUAAAAUGGGAAUUUUUAAAAUAAAAUUCGAAAAAAAGCAAAAAAUUUCUUUAAAAAUUGGAAUUUCGUAACUUAUCGUAACUCCAACAUAAUUUUAACAAUAUUAUUCCAUGAAAAAAUUUUUUACGAUUUUUUGAGCCGUAAAACCGUAAAACGUAAAAAUUUCCAGGUAACUUUGACACCAAGUUUCAUAUGGAAUGAUCGAAUACAUGGAAAAAGUGGACAGCAGAGCUUUUUCCUGAUUUUGGAGAAUAUAAAUGAGAAUCUGAUAAUUCAUCAAGAACGAUUUGGCAUCGGCAAAAUGAAGGUUAACAAAAUGGAACAGCAAAUAAUUAUUUUCACAAUCCCAAUUAUCGAUAGUCAUUUAACAAAUAAUUAUCAAUUAAGAUUGGCUAGUGAUUAUUUUGUGACUGAAGAUGUUGUUAUACCAAUGUCCCUGCAUAAUUGUAUUUUGCCAAAAAGCAUCAAAGCUCACACAGAUCUCCUGCGAUUGGAACCAUUGCCGAUUGAGAUUCUGAAAAACGCCAAAUUUCAAUCACUUUUCAAAUACAAGUAUUUGAAUCCGGUGCAAGGGCAGGUGUUCUACCCGCUCUAUCGGACGGAUAAAAGUGCAUUGGUUGGUGCGCCGACUGGAACUGGAAAAACAUUCCUGGCGGAGCUGGCGAUUUUCCGACUUAUUCAAGAGCAUCCGGGGAAAAAGGUGGUUUAUGUGGCACCGUUGAAAGCGUUGGUACGGGAACGAGUUGAAGACUGGAAACAGAAAUUCGAACAGCAACUUGGCUUCAAAGUUGUCGAAGUUUCGGGUGACGUCACACCGGAUCCGAAGAGUUUGGCGGAAUCGUUGAUUCUGGUGACGACACCGGAGAAAUGGGAUGGGAUUUCGAGAUCUUGGGCGACGCGCGAAUAUGUGAGAGAGGUUGGGCUGAUUGUGUUGGAUGAGGUGCAUUUAUUGGGUGUUGAUCGAGGUGCGGUGCUGGAAGCAAUCAUAUCCCGAUUGAAAAUGAUUACGAGAAGAUCGUGUGUUCGUCUUGAACCGGCGAGAUUGUUGGGAUUAUCGACAGCGUUGGCGAAUGCGGGAGAUGUUGCGGAAUGGCUCGGAAUUCCGGAUGUAAGGUUUUUUCUUUUUUUUUUGUCAGGAGCAAGAUCAAAUUUUGCCACGUCAUACCUUUUUUCAAAAAAUUUUAUAGCUCAAAAUUAGUUGGAACAUUUUUUUGUACAAUAAUUAACUUUUACCACGUCAUAAAAAAUUUUCAAAAAAAUAUCUAGCGAAAAGUUUUCUCAAAUUUUUUUACGAAGUUUUCGAAAUUUCAAUCUUGUGCCAAUAAAAAUUAUUCAAAAAGACCGGAAAUUGAAAUUUUCGAAUGAAAAUGCUAGGAAAACAUGUUUUUUUCCAGGAAUCCACCUUCAACUUCCGCCCGAAUGUUCGAUCUGUUCCAAUCAAUGUUCAUAUUCAAGGAUUUCCGGGACAACAUUAUUGUCCGAGAAUGGCGUUGAUGAACAAACCGGCGUAUAAAGGUAUUGGACAUUUUCGAAAAUUCAAAUUUUCAACAGAGCUGAUUCAUAAACGAAAAAAAAAUUUCAGAAAUGUUUUUGCAGACCUGAAAAUUGAAAGUUAAUUUUCUCGAGUAAAAUUCAGAAUUUCUCAGAAAUUAUUUCUGGUCAAUUUUGUUCUAUCAAAAAUUAGCAAAUCCUGUUUUCAGCGCUGAAUUCUACGAAUUUUGACAUUGAAAAAAUGUUAACCAAAAAAAAUCCCGAAAAAAUACGUUUCAAAGAAUUUUGAAGAUUUUUCAAUGUGUAUAAAUUUUGAUUCCACAACAUAUAUGUUUUCAAAAUAUAUAUUUUGAAAUUUUUCUGGAUGAAAAUUGUUGUUUGAAAUGUCCAGCUUAUUGGAUUUUUUGAUGGUUUUGGUUUUUAUCAACCAGAAAUAUUUUUUUGUUUCUUAAAAAUGCUUUUUUUAACAUUGAAAAUUCAAUUCACGAAAAGUCAAAAAAUUUUGAGAAAAACUUGUUGGUCAAAAUUAGUUUUUCGAGUUUUUCAGCCAAAAAUGAUGACAAAUCGAAAUUUUCGAAGCUUCUGGAGUGAAUUCUGAUUAAAAUAAGCUUUGAGAACCCGAUUUUACCUCAUUUUAUUGAUUUUGUCGAAAUUCAUCAGCAAAAACUUCUGAAAAGUGAAUUCCAAGGUCAAUUUUCAUCAAAAAUCACUACAGAAGCUUCAAAAAUCACGAUUUGUCAUCAAUUUUAGCUCCAAAAAUCUCAAAAACUAAUUUUUACAAAAAAAAAAUUGCGAUGUGGAUUUUUUUCAAAUCAAAAUUUUCAAAUUUCUGAAAAUUUUUAUGAGAAAAAUUGCCACGUGGAUUUUUGACCCCGAAAAUUUUAAAUUCAAAUUUUCAACAAGCAAAUUGCCACGUGGAUUUUAUGGGGCCCAAAAUUUUAAUUUCGAAUUCAAAUUUUCAAAAAAAAAUGCCACGUGGAUUUUUGACCCCGAAAAUUUUGAAAAUUCAAAUUUUCAACAAAAAAUUGCCACGUGGAUUUUUUCGGCCGAAAAUUUUUAACUCAAAUUGAAAUUUUCAACAAACAAAAAUUCCACGUGGAUUUUUGACCCCGAAAAUGUCUCUAAUUUAAAAAUUCAUCCACGUGGACCGGGAAAAAGUUUCGAAUUUUUCGAGCACACAUUUCCGGAGCACAUUUAAUAUUUACAAAGGACCUUCUGAAAAAUGACCAUAAUAUAAAACCUUCUGAAAAAUGACCAUAAAACCCCAAUUUACCUUGAUUUUCAGCGAUUCAAACAUAUUCGCCAACAAAACCAGUAUUGAUUUUCGUCUCAUCCCGCCGUCAAACUCGUCUCACAGCAUUAGCAUUCGUUAAUUUGCUCAUCGCCGAUUUGAAUCCACGACAAUGGUUGAAUAUGGAAAUGUCGGAACUCGAAAUAUUGAUGCAAUCAAUCAAAGAUGAAAAUCUCAAAUUAACACUUCCAUUUGGAAUUGGAAUGCAUCACGCAGGAUUGUCGACACAUGAAAAAGCACUGGUUGAGGAAUUGUUCAUCGAGAAGAAGAUUCAAAUUCUUAUCGCAACUGCGACUCUUGCAUGGGGUAUUAAUUGUCCGGCACAUUUGGUGAUUAUUAAAGGAACUGAAUAUUUUGAUGGGAAGAAGGGGAAAUAUAUUGAUUUUCCGGUUACCGGUGAGUUUUGGAACUAUUUAAAAUUGCAGAACUCCACUUCUAACAUGAGUAAUGAUGUGGAAAAGUUCAGAAUUCACUUUCAAAAUGAUUUUCAUGAAAAUCUAAGUUUAAAAGGUUCAUACAAAAAUCCAGAAGAUUUUUCAAAAGUUUGAAAUUUAAGUUUGAAAAAUUUUCUAAACUUAGCCUCCAUCAGAUUUUCAUGAAAAUCAUUUUGAAGGCGAAUUUCGAUCCUCCAAAGUUCCGAUUUUUCAUAUGAUGAAAAAUACUAGAAAAAAUAUAUUUUAGCAAAGUUUUUGCUCAAAAUCCCAAAUUCCAGAUGUUCUCCAAAUGAUGGGUCGAGCUGGCCGCCCACAAUUCGACACAUCAGCCGAAGCUGUCAUCUACGUUCAAGACGCCAAGAAGACUUUCUACAAGAAAUUCCUGUAUGAACCGUUCCCAGUGGAAUCUAGUCUUCUUCCAGUUUUGCCGAAUCAUGUGAACGCGGAAAUUUCAGCGGGAACAAUUGAAAGCAAACAGGGAAUUGUGGAAUAUUUAUCUGGAACUUAUUUGUAUCGACGACUUUUUGCGAAUCCAAAGUUUGUUGGCGCUAAAUUUUCAGGCUAAAAAAAUUUUUUGCAGCUUCUACGGACUUGAAGAGAACACAAAAGAGGCGAUGCUGAAAUUCAUUUCUGGAAUCGUUGACACUUCUAUCGAUGAAUUGACAAAAUCUGAAUGUAUUUGUGUGGGCGAAGAUGAGACUAGCUUGAAGUCGACGGCCUAUGGAAGAAUCGCAUCGGUUUAUUAUUUGCAACAUGAGACAAUUCGAUUUUUGUUGAAAGAAUUGCAUAGUGAUUGUGGAAUUUUGGAAAUGUUGAAGAUUUUGACGGUGGGGGUUUUGUGGGAGGCUGAAAAUUCUGGAAUUUUUUUCACUGAAAAUCUUUUUUUCCCGUAUUUUAAAACUCAUUUUCAGGUUUUUCAAUGUUCAAAUGUUGAUGGGUGCGGAUUUUAUUUUCUGAAAACCUGAAAAAAUUCUGAAAAUCGUUUUUCCCCGGUUUUUAAAGCACAUUUUCACCAAACCGUUUCAAAAAUGUUCAAAUUUUGAUAAAUGAAACUCAAAAUGCACUUACUUCACAAAAAAUUGAAGUUGAACAUGAUUUUCAGAAAAAAAAUUAAAAAAUUGUAAAUAAAAAAACUUUCUGUAUUUUUUUUUUCAAUUCUGAAUUAUCCAGUCAAAAAAACCCUGAAAAUUUGCAGGUUUCUCAAAAAAAUCAAAUUUUCACAAACAAUUUGCCACGUGGAUUUUUGACCGAGAAAAUUUCAAAUUCAAAUUUUCAAAAAAAAUGCCACCUGGAUUUUUUCCGCCAAAAAAUAAUUGUUUUCCGCAAUUUUCAAUGAGGAAUUUUCUCAGAUUAUAACAAAAAAAAAUGGAAAAUUUGUGAAAAUUUGAAUUUUUGAACAGAAAAUUAUGAAAACUGAAAAAAUGCUCAAAUAUUGAUGAAUUGAACCUCAAAAUGCACUUACUUCACAAUAAAAUUAAAUUUGAACAUAUAAAUUUCAGAAAAAAAUAUGUGUCCGAACUUUUCCGGUGGCCGAGAAAUGUCGGGAAUUCGGCCAAAGCAACAAACGCGCUCUAAUGUUGCGAAAAUUCUUAGCAAUCGUUGCUUUGGCCGCAUUCCCGACGUUUCUCGGCCACAAAAAUAGUUUGGCCACAUAUAUCUUUUGAAAUUUAUGUUCAACUUCAAUUUUUUUGUGAAGUAAGUGCAUUUUGAGUUUCAUUUAUCAAUAUUUGAGCAUUUUAAAAGGGCUCAAAUAUUUUCUGUUCAAAAAUUCAAAUUUCCGGAUUUUUUGAUAAAUUUAGAAAUCUGGAAAGUUUCAGGGUUUUUUGACUGAAAAUCCGCAAAACUUUGAAUGUUCAGAAAUUCAGAAUUUUCAGCAAACCACAUUCAAAAUCUUGAGAUUUUCAGCAUGUUCCCGAAUACGCCGAGAUUCCAGUUCGACACAACGAAGACUUGAUCAACAGUGAAUUGCAGAAGAAGUUGCGAAUUCGAUUCAGCACAUCAGUCAUGGGAGAAUCGCACACAAAAGCACAUUUAUUGUUCCAGGUUUGUAGAUUUUUCGGGCUCAAAAAUGCUCAAAACUCAAAAUUUCAGGCUCAUUUCAUGCAUACUCAAUUACCAACCGAUUAUCGAACAGAUUUGAAAAGUGUUUUGGAUCAAUGUAUUCGAAUAAUCCAAGCGAUUCGUGAAAUGACAAGACUCAAAAAUUGGCUGUCCGCCACAUUGAAUAUUAUCAUAUUACAACAAAUGUGUUAUUCUGCGAGAUGGUAUGAUGAUCAUCCAUUGCUUUGUUUGCCAAAUUUAUCAUUGAAUGAUGCAAAAUCGAUUGGUGGAACUAUUCCCGAAUUGCAAAAUAAGGGAAGAAAGAGUUGGAGGAAAUUGUUGGAUAAAUUUACGAAUUUGGAGGAGGCGCAGAAAGAUGAGACGAUUAAAGCGAUCUCGAAUUGGCCGAUUUUGGAUGUUCUUCAACUUCAUGUUACUGGAAGUAGGGGAGAGAUGAUUAUUGAUUUGAAGAAGAAAGAUCCGAGUAUCAAAGUAAGAUCUGGAGAGGUUUAUCGCUUCCGAUUGCGGAUGAAAUCAUCAUCUACUACGACAUCAGCAAUUCUACCGAAUUGGCCGAAAAAUAAAGAAGCUGGAUGGAUUGUUUUAUUGGGAGAUGCGACGAAUGAUCGAAUAUUGGCAAUGUCAACGGGUCUUCAGCCGAAAUUUGAGAUUCGAAUCGAUGAGAAUAUCCAAAGUGUCUCGAUAUUUGUGAUGAGUGAUUGUUAUUUGGGAAUUGAUCAAGAGUAUACUAUCAAAUUGUCUAGAAGCAUGUGAUUUCACGAGGUUUUUUUGAUGUGUUACGGUAUAUGUUUUUCUAAUAAAUAGGAUUUUUAUGAGCUGAAAAUCAAGGGCAAGCUUUUUUAUUUUACAAAAAACGGUUUUAUUUUUGUCAUUAAAAAAUUUCGGCAAUUUUUUAUUUUCCCGGAAUAUUGGAAUAUUUAUAAAAAUUCUACAUUUAUCACUUUUUUCAGAAAUUUCAAAUAUAGAUUCUGAAAUUCUGAUAAUAUUUUUCGAUUUUUUCUACAGUAAGCAGAAAAAAAAUCUGAAAUUUUAAAUUUUUUUUCCAAUUUUUUUCAAUACAUUUAUAAAUUCUGAGCUACAGUAACCCAAUUUUGAUGCCACGUGGUUUUUCUCAAAUCUCGAAAUGUUAGGCUACAGUAACCCCGCUAAAAAUUCCACAUGGAUUUUUGAGCUACAGUAACCCAAACACUUUUAGAGUCAAAAACCAAUCGAUUUUUCUACAGUAACUCUGAAAUUUCAAAAAAUUUUGUAGAACAAAAAUUACUGUACCGGAAAAUCACGUUUUUUGACACCAAAUCAGCUCAGGAUUACUGUAGAUUUCGGCUGUGAAAAAUUUUGGCGCCAAAAAGUGCUCCCCCUUUUCCUGUUUCUUCCUCCAAUCUAUCAUUUAAUCACCCGCUUUUUUUUGCUCUGCAAAAAAAAGAAGAAAAAAAUAUUGUUUUAUUAUUUGGCUGGCUGACUGGUGAUUAUGUAUUUAUCACUGAGCGCCUCUCUCUUUCAUCUUUCACCGCCUCGUUUUUCGAACGAUAUCAAAAACGAGGAAUUGUUUUGGAGGCAAAAGAGACGGCAGACAACCACUGAACACAACAUCAAAGACAAUUUACCGACUGAAAAAAGGAGGAGUAAGACACAUUUUUGACGGGCUCCUGUGAUCAUUUUUUUGCAUUUUUUUAUUUUUAUUUUUUGGUGCUGGGUUUCUACAGUACUAGAAAUAUUUUUGAAAAUCUACCAGAUUUUUGAAAAUUUCAGUAGCGUUUUUUGGUAGAUCAAAUUUUUUUUUCUCUAAACCUCUCAUUUUUACGUUGAGUUUCGUCAAUAUCAAUUUUCGAAAUUCACAAAAAAAUUAUAGAAAUUUUGAAACAGUAAUUUUUUUUUUGGACAAAAAAAUUAUUUCAAGAAAUUUUCAAAUCCUUAAUUUUUCUGGAACUUCAUUUUUUCAAAAUUUUAAGUCUCCGAAAAAUUUUCAAACAUUUUUUUUUCUGAUUCUCAAAGUUUUAAAUUAUUUGGUUUCCGGAAAAUCAGAAAACGUUUUUCGAAAAUUUUCAAUUUUUUUCAAAUUUUCAGCAAAAACUAAUUUCGUGCUAAUAUUUUCCAGUUUUUCCACUUUUUUUUUCUUUGAUUCUCAAAUUUUCUGAAAUUUCAGAUAUUUUCCAGCUUUCCAAACUCAAAUCCAAAAAAUGAUAUUUUUCCGCCCCUGGGAAUCUGAUGAUUCGGGAUAUGAAGAAGUUUCGUCGCCAUCUUCAUCUACAACAAGUUCUGAAGAGCAUUCUUCAGCUCCAAAAAAACCUGAAGUCAGAAAAUGUGAAAGGUGUAAAUGUCCGAAUUGCAAAAAUAUGUGAGUUGGGAGAUUUUUGGGCGGGAAAAAAAUACUGUAGCUCAAAAAUCCACGUGGCAUUUCUUCCAGGUUACUGUAGAAAUCCAUAAUUUUUUCUCACACCCGUUCAAGCAACGCAAUGAGUGUUUUCUACUGUAAAACGAAACAAAAAACUGUGCAAACACUUUUGUCUAAUUCUCUCUGUUCGCCGUUAUAUUUCGCACUACAGUAUUAAAGGAGCAUGAUAAAUUUCAUGCGUUGGGUCUUGUCGCGAUUGCUAACUUUCUUCGCAGGACCCUAAAAAUUUCGAAAUGCGUAGUCUCUCGAUGCGCUGAUUCUAAUGGUAUAUUUAGUUUUGGCACUUAGUUAGCUAAUUCCUUUGCAAAUUGUGGCGCAGUGUGAAUAAAAGAAAUUUCUAAUUUUUUCAUUGUUUGAACGGGUGUGUUCUCUGAAAAAAAUACUCUGAAAAAAUACGUUUCAAAAUUUUUGUAAAUUUUUUGUAAAUUUUGAAUUUCUAAUCAAAAAUCGAUGUUUUCUGAAAUUUAACAAAAAUCUGAAAAUCUUCCAAAUUCGGAAAAAUUCUCAUGUUUCCUCUAUCAAACCCGGAAAAUUUUACGAUUUCUUUUCAUCGAAUUUUUCGGCGACAAAAACAUUGGAGAAUUUUUACAACCUCCCCAAUAUUUUAUUACGGUAGCUCAAAAUUAUUUGAGAUAAUGUUAUCAACUUUUUUUUUGCUAUUUUCGGUCUGAUUAUUGCAUUUUUCAUGGGGGAAAAGAAAAUUUUUGAAAAAAAAACGAAAACAAAAUCAUAAAUAAUGAUCGUUCAAAUAAUCCUGUUUCAAAAAAAAAUUUGAAUUUUUUUUUGGUUUUUUUUUGAAGGGAAAAAUUCAGAGCGGGACUUUGAAUAUUUCUGGAAAAUUUAUAAAAUAAUUUUGAGCUACAGUAACUUUAAAUAAAAGCAUUUUGCCACGUGGAUUCUCUAGAAAUGUUGAGCUACAGUAACCCAAACAAUUUUAGCUUGAAGAUUUCAAUGCCACGUGGAUUCUCUAGAAAUGUUGAGAUACAGUAACCCUAUAUGAUAAAUUUUGAGCUACAGUACUCCAAACAAUUUUAGCUUGAAGAUUUCAAUGCCACGUGUAUUUUUGAGCUACAGUACCCCUAUAUGAUACAUUUUGAGAUACAGUAAUUCAAACAAGUUUACAAUUAGCUUGAAGAUUUCAAUGCCACGUGGAUUUUUAAGCUACAGUAACCCAUUUUUGAAAAAAAUAUAUAAAUUUACAGUAAUCCUAACAAUUUUUGGCAAAAAAUAUUUUGAAAAAAUACAAUAUUAUUUCAAAUUUCCAAAAUACUAGAUGUUUAUAUUUUGAAACGUAUAAUUUUUAGGAUUUUUUUUCCAGAAAACACGGUGACCGCGGAAAAGACUUUGUGCACAUUUGCCACCAUAAAAACUGCCACAAAACCUACAAAAAAACGAGUCAUCUUCGAGCGCAUCUCCGCAAACAUUCCGGCAUCAAACCGUUCGAAUGUGAGUGGAAAAAUUGCGCGCGAAAAUUCGACAGAAGUGAUCAAUUGAUUCGACAUCGACGAAUUCAUACGAAGGAGAUGCGAUUCAGAUGUUGUUUGUGUUCGAAAGAAUUUUCGAGAUCUGAUCAUUUACAUCAACAUGUUAAUUCAGCACAUCAAAUUAUUGUGGUCGAUUAG